UUAAGAAGAGGCGAAUGAGAAAUUAUUCAAACAAACAAAUCGAAGAGAAAAGGUGGGAAGCUUACCGUAAUUAUAGGAGCAAACUCCGAGUUUCCCAGAAAUAGUUUGUACAGAGGAGUAAGACAGAGACCCUUAAAUGCCACUGCACGUCUACUACAAUUUUCGACAAGAAUAACAUUGUCUGUCCAUGGGACUGUCAGAUAGACACUAUCCUCAAAUAUGCCCUGGAGAUUCAGGUCUGCAUGUAAAUUUGAGGGCUGUUAUUCAGAAUAUGAAGAAGAUUAGAUUUGACACCAAUAAAGUUGUGUGACGUGAGAGGAACAUUGAUAACUUUGCAGAGUCCAAAAAAAAUGCAACUCUUUUGGGAGUGGAGGCGAUGAGUGAGGAUCAACUUGGAGCGAUGAUUGUUAUAUUGUGCAUAUUAUUCAUAGUAAUUGUUUAAGGGUUCAAAAUUUGUGCAAUCUGUUUUUAGUAGAUGUGUUUUCACAUAUCUGGUUUUUUUUUCAAUUGAUUAGCCAAGUUUUUAGUUCAUUCUUUUUAUGCAAUGAUGGUUGGGAUCAUUCUUUUUAUGCAAUGAUGGUUGGGAUCUUUUCAUUGAAAUUUUGGAUCCCAAAUAGAUCCAAAUACUCAGUUGAAAACCCACUUCUAUCAGACAAACUAGAUGACCAAAACCCUCUCAGCAUAAAACAACUUGUAGUCUUCGUUUUUAUCUUUUUAUAUUUUACUCGAAAUUUUUACCUCUUUAAAUUUUCAAAAUAUGACUAUUUCCACUAUUUUAAUUGAUAAAUAUGUGUAACACUAUUGAUAAGUGGUAAUAUGAACACUAUUAUAAAAACAUUUUCUUAAAUAUGCAUCGAAUUCUAUAUCCAUUUCUCCAACGUUUUCUGCAAAUAUAAGUUUAGAAGGUCGACAUCUAGAAACAGUUCAAAGAUUCUAAAAUUUCCAAAUGGGACAAAGAAUUUGAACCAUUCUAAAAUAUUUCAGAACCCCAUUCAAAUUCUAGGCUUGCUGCUUGCCAUCUUUGUCAGAACCCCAUAACAAAUCUUUUAUUAACAUUGAUAUUUUAGGAUUUUUGGGACAGCAGACUUGUACUUAUUAUUAUUGGUUACUUUCUACUUCACAGUAUGUUUUCGGAUUCUUAGCGUUAGAAUCAAAACAAUCUGUUACAAAGAUGCAGGCUGAUUCAUAGAAUGUUUGGGGAAUCUUGGCCGGCAAGCAGCUCUCAGAAUCGAAACUAUCAAAAAAUCUAAAGUAAGAAAGAUGCAAGCAGAUGUAUAGAAUGCUUGGGGAUUCUUUGCCGGCAAGCAGGUCUAAGAAUCAGAAUUAUUGGCUAAUCAAUGCAAUGAUUCUGGUUUAUUAGCUGGCAAGCCACUCAUUGAUUCAUACGAUGCCGAGGAAUUCUCAAACGGCAAUCAGCUGGUAGAAUCGAAGUUAACUGACAAUGACAAAUUCCCACCAAUUUACUACUAAAUAAAAGCUCAACAUUUGAUAGAAUGAUUGUUCUAUAACAAAAGUUUGAUCAAUUAUUGAUAUAGAUGAUUACAGGCAAGUUUAUUCAAACUGGGACGUCCAAAUUAAUCUGAAUUGAAUUGGAUUGGAUUGUGAAUAUUGUGAAAAUUUUCAAAUGGAGGAAAAUUCACAAUUGAAUGGAAUGAAAUGUGAUUUUUAUGAUGAAAUGAGUGGAAGUGGUAAUGAGUAUGAUGCAAUUGUUGUUGGUUCUGGAUAUGGGGGAUCCGUUGCUGCUUGCAGGCUUUCUCAGGCUGGCCUGAAAGUUUGUCUGCUUGAAAAAGGAAGAAAAUGGGAGGCAGAGGAUUUUCCCACAAAUAGUCUUCAAGCAAUGCUUGCUACCAGGAUUGAAACUCCAAAUUUAGGAUGCUAUGGAAGCAAAACUGCACUGUUCCAGGUAAUUAAGCAAGAAGACUCUGUGGCGAUGGUAUGCUCAGGAUUGGGAGGUGGGUCUCUGAUAAAUGCAGGUGUCAUGGCCCCAACACCAAUGCGUGCAAGGCGAGAUCCGAGAUGGCCAAAAGAAUGGGAAGGGAGUUGGAGUUCUUCCCAGGCCAGAGCAAUAAAGGUGUUACAGCCAGAAACAAUUCCCCACCAAUUUCCCAGCUCGAAAGUUAUGAGAGAUAUUUCAGGGGAGAUUGAGGAAAGCACUUUAGACCCAAUUCAAACAAGUAUCAAGUUCGACCAGGGUGAAAGCUCAGCAGGAUUGCAUCAGAAUGCUUGCAUGGCCUGUGGAAAUUGUCUAUCUGGAUGCCCUUACAAUUCCAAGGGUUCCACAGACAAAAACUAUCUUGCCUUGGCCAUUGAGGCUGGCUGUGAGAUAAAAACCGAAUGCCAAGUUCGAUUCAUUGUAGAAAAUCUAGAAGAAAGUCUUCAAACUUGCUGCUGCAGAAGCAUGAACAAAAGACCAAAGAGAAGGUGGAGAGUUCAUUUGGACGAACUGCAAUAUUUGUCAUCAGAUUUUGUGAUUCUCUCUGCUGGAGUGUUGGGCACUGCAGAGAUUCUGCUCCAGUCCAGAAAGAGAGGACUUGGGCUUUCUGAAAGGCUAGGAUUGGGAGUAAGUUGCAAUGGAAACAAUAUGGCUUAUGUUGUAGGAAGUAAUGCGCCAUUAAAUGGUUAUGGAUUAAACAAGCAGGAACUUGCUUACUCUGCUAAGGCACUUCGACCAGGCCCAGCAAUUACAGCUUCUUAUACUUCUUCUCUUGGAUUCACUAUACAGAGUGGAAUCGUUCCUACUGCUUAUCCAUAUUUGCUAAUCAGAAGAAUGGGAAGCUACGGAUGGCCUCGAGGCCACUCGCUUGUGGAAAGUGUUAUCGAAACAUUUAAACACCUUACCGGAAAAAUCGAUUCCCAAGGAUUGGUUCUGAAUAUGAUGGGCUUUGAUGAUGGGGAUGGAAAAAUCUCACUAGAUAUAACGGAUCGCAUCCAACUCUGUCCUCCUCAUGACACGCUACUUCCUCGGAAAACCAGAGCAUUUCAGAAGCUUGCCAAGCGCUUGGGAGGAAUUUUAUUUAUGUCCAAGUUUCGUAGCACAUCAGUUCAUCUUCUUGGGGGAGGCAAUGCAGCUCAUGAUCCUUCCCUGGGUGUUGCAAACCCAUCUGGGCAAGUCUUUAAUCCUUACUCUGGUUCUUCAAAAACUCAAGUAACUUACCCAAAACCUGGAUUUGCAGUGCAUUCAGGUCUAUAUGUAUGUGAUGCCUCAUUGAUUCCUUGUGCUGUAGGCCUUAAUCCAUCCUUGACAAUCUCCACAGUUGCAGAGUAUGUGUCUGUCGGCCUUGUGGUAGAUGCUCUCAAAUUCAAAACAUCAACGAAAUCACAAUUUUCUGCUAAAAUCCAUUUCCAUGAUGUUGAUAGGAUAAUCAAUACCCCAAUUGAUAGAAACCCAAUUUCAGUCGAUUCACAGAUUUUCGAUCAGAAUACAGAGGAGGAUGCAAAAUUUAUCGUCAAAACUGCAUAUGCAAAGGAUAGGCAAGCAUUACAAAGUCCUGCAUUCAAUGGAGUCAUCAGGAAGCCUGAAGUGUAUGACAUUAAGCAAAUGCAGAAGGAAGUUAGUGGCCCGACUUUCAGGGAAUCCAUGAAUGGGAAACUAGGAGGUAUGCCUUGCGCACUGCAUCUUGUGUUUAAGAUGAAUCCUUGGGGUUCAGGGGAUUUAGGAUGCAAAAUCAGAGGGUUCGGAGAUGACCAUCCUCUUUUGAGAGGUGAAGUUGGAGGAUACAUGCAAAUGAAAUCUCUCCAUAAAGAUAAUAUUUACAUAGUGGGUGGGACCGUUAAUAUGUGCUGGCUAAACCCUCGAACACCCUAUACUCAAUAUAUGCACUACCAUCUUCUGCUUUCAUCAGCUUCAGGGGCAAGAUACAUAUUGGAAGGCAAGAAGACGAUGCAUCCAUUCUUAUUCUGCUGCUUUGGAUGGAAAGAGUCAACAACAUUGCAUGCAAAACUUCGUCAGAUUACAAGGAUUUACCAGAAUUAUAGGGUAGCCAAUUUUAAUGCAGACCUGGUUGAGUUGGAGGGUGAUCUUAAAGUAUCCGCAAUUGGGCUAUUACAAAGUUUGAUCAGCUUGAGAGGAAAUUGGAAGGGCAAGUUUGUAUCAUUAUUGGGGCAAAGCCUUAUCAGAACCUACAUUUUACAAAGACCUCGAGAAGUUUUAUCAAAUGCUCAUUGUACCGCUAAGCAAAGUAACUAUCCAUGCCAUGUAUUGCAUAAGAUAACAGCAGGUGAUGGCUUUCCAUUCAGUUGUAAACAAUGGAAAUGUUCUACAAAGAGCAACGAAUUUGAUUGUCCAACAAAGAAUUAUCCUGUGCUGUUGUUAAAUGGGCAUUCAACAGAGAGUUUCUGUCUACCUACUGAGCCCAUGGAUUUUGUUCGAACUUUACUUGAUGAAGGAUACGAAGCAUGGUUGUUACAAAAUCGUUUACACCCUCUACAUUCCUCCAAUGAAUUCACAAUUGAGGAUCUUGCUAAGUUUGAUAUCCCAGCAGCUAUGGCAAGGAUUACAGAGAUACACGGCCCUGAUAUCAAGGUCCAUGUGAUUGCACACUGUGUUGGGGGACUUGCAAUUCAUAUGGCACUACUAGGAGGCUAUAUAUCAGCUCAUAAUGUUGCUUCUCUAGUUUGCACCAACUCAUCAAUGUUUUUCAAGGUCACAACUUCUGCAUUCAUCAAGCUCAUGCUUCCACUAAUGCCUAUAUCAAUGGCAAUCUUGGGGAAGAAAACAGUGCUAGAAAUUCCUGAGAAUUCCAAAGAAGAAUGGAGACACAAGCUACUCAAGUACAUAGCCAAAGCCAUGCCUCGGACAGAGAGAUGCACACUAGAUGAAUGUGAAGUCUUCUCUGGGAUCUUUGGGAGCACAUUUUGGCAUGAUAACGUAUCUAGCACCAUGCACCACUGGCUCUACAAGCAAGCAUUGCCUCGUCUGCCAAUGGCAGACUUCCCCCAUCUUCGUUCAAUCUGCAUUGCUGGUCACAUCGUGGAUUCAAAAGGAAACAACAGUUUUCUCAUCCAUCCAGAGAGGAUGCCAUUGCCCACUACAUAUAUAUCUGGUGGGAGGUCCAUCCUUGUGACUCCAGAGACUUCUCUCCUUGCAAACCAGUUCAUGAAGCUUCAUCAGCCAGAUUUCCACCAUGAAAGAGUAGUUGUGGAGGGAUUUGGCCAUUCUGAUCUCCUUAUUGGAGAGAAUUCUCACAAACAUGUAUUCCCUCACAUACUUUCCCAUCUCAAAACAGCAGAACGUUGUUCUCAAGGAUGUGAACAUGUCAAGGAUCCAAGCUAUGCUCAGGCCUCCGUCUCUUGGGAAAGGUCACCUUCAUUCUUUGGGCCAUAUCACCACAUUCUCUACAUUUGCCUGGCUUUCUUCCUCGUUCGUGCCUUCGAUUUUAUUUUUAGAUCCAUAUUUGUUUUUCAUUGAUCAGUUUGUGGUUUUGAGGAAAAAUAUGUAGGUGUAUUAUAGCAAAUAUCAAGCAUUAUAAAUCCAUCAAUAUGAGAUAGACGAGAGGCAGAGAGAUGCUCGAUGCGAUCUUUAAGAUGUACAAAUAUACAUGGAGUUUUUAAGAAAAAUAAAAUAACCACAUGGAAUUCUGAUCAUUA